GCGUCGCGCUAUGCUGAACUGUCAAAACUCUGACAGCUUCAAUACAGUUUGAUUGUUUGUUUGCGUUGUGCUUUCUACUCCUGUAAUUACGAUUGUUUUGUUGCAAAAUACAAAUUUUACCGCACAAACUCGUGAUCCCUGUUCAAGAACUAAACUUUUCUGCUUGGUGGUAACGGGAUAUUAGUAACUUAAUAAUACAUUCCUUUGCUUUUGCUCUAGAAACAGUAACAUCAUGGUUUGGCUAGAAUCCUGUUGGUCUCCAUUUAUUUGGACAAAUUCCGUUAAAUCCGGAAGCUAUGCCGUAGCCGCGUACACUGUCGCCGUUUCGAUCGUGUUGAUAACGAUGACAACGUACAACCUGCUGGGAGGAGAUUCAUCUCAGCUAUAUUCGCCUCUGUUUGAGACCGACAUACGCGACUCCAUGCAGGUUGUUGGAGGAUUUUUCAUUUGCUACUUCAUUCUGCUCAUAUUGUCGGCGGGAGGAGUAUGCUAUUCAUUGAAAACCACAACCCGUGGUUGGAUGUUGCCCUGGCUGUCGCUGUUUGGAAUAGCCAUUCUAUUCCAGCUUGUUUUCGGCUUGUGGUUGAUUGGAGGCUAUUACAUUUACUUGCAGCAGACUCUAUCGAGCCUGAUCCUUUGGGUGUGGAUGGCCUACAAUAUUUAUUGUUGGAUGUGCGUUUACUCGCAGUAUCAAAUAUUUGAAAAUAUGCAAUCACCAAACAUCGAGCUUCUAAUGCCUUGAGCAAAGCAAACCACGUAUACGACCGUGGGUAGAAUCUACAAAAUGACCUCACUUUUAUAACUUUGAACAUCAACAUUCCAGUAAGAACACUCGAGUAUUUGCAUGUUGUGUAUUAAAAACAUGCUUUACAUUCCUUUUCCGAAUCUUUUAAUAUUUUUAUAUGAAUAUUUUAAUCAUUCCGUUUACGAAGGUACAAAACGUAUUAGGAAUAUAUUAUUCAACUUUAAGCAUUUGACGUAUUAAAAAGUACUAUGUAGUUUAGGACUAGAAGGCAGACUGAGGGAAACACGAACCGUCCAAGUAGCGAAACAUACAUAAUCUUGCAAAAUAAAGUUAUUUUAUAAAGAAAAAA